AUGGCCGUCGCUAUAAAUAAAGGUAUAUUCAUAGUGGCUGCUAAGCGCACACCCUUUGGAAGGAUGGGUGGAGCGUUUAAAGACAUGCACCCGUCAGACCUGCUCGCCGUUGCUGCUAAAGAUGCUCUGAAGGCGGGCAACAUUGCACCUUCUAUCAUUGAUACGGCUAAUAUUGGACAAGUUAAUAAUAUUAGCGGCACACCUGAUGGUGGACUAUCUCCGCGACACGCUGUUUUGAAGGCAGGAAUACCGCAAGAGACGCCAGCCCUAGGCGUGAGCAGACUUUGUGGUUCUGGAUUUCAGGCUGUUAUCAAUAGUGCCCAGGACAUUCUAACCGGAGCCGCCCAAGUAUCUCUCGCUGGUGGCACUGAAAACAUGUCAGCAAUGCCAUUUGUGGUCAGAAAUGUUCGUUUUGGAGUCGGUUUAGGAGUUAAAAUACCGUUCGAGGACUCCUUGACAGCAAGUUCUUUGGAUACGUAUUGUAACUUCACCAUGCCACAGACGGCUGAGAACUUGGCUGAAAAGUAUGGAUUGACGAGAACGGAGGUAGACCAGUUCUCUCUGCAGUCACAGAAGAGAUGGAAAGCUGCGCACGAUGCUGGUAUAUUCAAAGCGGAGAUGUCUCCAGUGACAGUGAAGGUCAAAAAGCAAGAUAAAGUGGUGGAGGUAGACGAGCAUCCUCGCCCUGAGACAACAACUGAAAUGCUGAGCAAACUACCCGUUUUAUUUAAAAAAGGGGGUGUUGUGACUGCCGGUAACUCUUCUGGGGUGAACGACGGUGCUGGAGCUCUCGUCGUAGCUAGCGAAGAAGCUGUAAAACAGCAUGGUCUUACUCCAUUAGCUAGACUGGUCGGCUGGUCCUUUGUAGGAGUAGACCCCAGUAUCAUGGGUAUCGGACCAGUGCCAGCCAUAAACAACCUACUGUCUGCUACUGGAUUGAAACUGGAAGAUGUGGAUUUAGUUGAGAUCAAUGAAGCAUUUGCCGCCCAAACUUUAGCGUGUGUUAAAGAGCUCGGUUUGGACCAGAACAAACUGAACGUCAACGGUGGGGCAAUUGCCAUGGGACACCCCGUGGGAGCUUCCGGAGCUAGGAUCACUGCUCACUUAGCUCAUGAACUAAGGAGGCGAGGACUCAAACGGGGUAUCGGAUCUGCGUGCAUCGGUGGUGGUCAAGGAAUAGCACUACUUAUUGAAACUGUAUAA